UUCGCGGGGAUUUUAUUUUUUACGCUUGAGAUAAGCCUUCAUUAUUUUUAUUGUCUGUAAUGAUAAAUCCUGUUUCUUCAUAAAUGUCAAGAACAAGAGUAGCUUAAAGCAUACAAUCAUCUUGUUUGUUACUGACAGAAUCAAUGGCUGAACGACCUGAAGACUUCAACCUUCCAAACAGUGUGAUAACAAGAAUUGUGAAAGAUGCUCUACCAGAGGGUGUAAACGUUUCUAAGGAGGCAAAGUCUGCCCUUUCAAAAGCUGCUAGUGUUUUUGUAUUGUAUGCAACAACAUGUGCCAACAACUUCACUCUUAAAGACAAAAGGAAAACACUCUCAGGAAAUGAUGUCUUGGCUGCAGUACAAGAUAUGGAAUUUGACAUGCUUUUGGAGCCCCUACAAGAAAGCUUAAAUGCUUUAAGGACAGUAAAAGCUAAAAAGGGUGAUUCAAGUGGUAAAAGCAAGAAGGAAAACUUGGAAUCUGAUAGAACUGUUGAUGGUGAAGAUGAUGAACAAGAAAUGGAAGUAUAUCAAAAUAAGGAAGAAAAUCAGAAUGUUGAUGAGCUUUGACGAGUAAUGAAGUAUUCAUUCAAGGUUUCUUUAAGGUGAAGAAUACAGACUGUAAUAAUACUAAUAUUGUGUAGUGGAUUUCAUUGUUAGGGAUGAUAGGUACUUGCACAAAUUUCAGUUAGCUUGUUUUAUGUUCUUUUAUGAUUUUUUUCUGUAUUAUUAAUAAAAAAAAUGUAACAGUUUCAAUUCAGUGCAAAGAAGUAUAUAAAGAGAAUGAAAAAUACUUAGAACUUUCA